UUCUGCUGAACAUGGAAUUUUAUGUAUGAAACAGUGGGAAGCCGUGGUUUUUCCUCUUUGCCUGACUUCGUUAAUGUAUAUCGGCUCGUUUAUUCUCAAAAUUUUAUCAAUUCGGAGCUCGUGGGCCGAACAUGGGGACCGUCGGAUAGAUAUAUCAUUUCAUGGCUUAAAGAGUGGUCUUCAAAACCUCAUUAAUUGGAUGGUUUCAGCUGUUUACAAUAUUUCAGUUUGGAGAAUGUAUAUUGUGGCUCCUCUUACGGAAGAGUUAGUUUUCAGAGCUUGUAUGAUAUCUUUACUUCUAUGUGGAGGAUUUGAAGCAUAUACAGUAAUACUUCUCUCUCCUGUUCUUUUUAGCCUAGCUCACUUGAACCAUUUAUUGGAGCACUACAUGCAACAAAAUACGAGCUUGCUGAAAGCUUCCAUGGUUGUAGGUUUCCAGCUUGGCUAUACAGUGAUAUUUGGGUCAUAUGCAUCAUUUCUCUUUGUUCGAACUGGACAUAUAGCAGCGCCGCUCGUGUCACAUAUGUUCUGCAACAUCAUGGGGCUUCCUGCCUUCUUUUCACGAAGAACAUGGUUGGUGAGCGUGGGAUUUGUAGCAGGGGCGAUAACCUUUGUAUUUCUUUUGUUUCCGCUUACUUCUCCAGGGUUGUACAAUGAUAGAACCGACAAUUGCGAAUGCUGGCACACUUACUGUUAUUGGACUUAAGAU